GUGGAAAAUGUGCUGAAAAGUGGGUGGAAGGGUUCAAAAUAGAAUAAUAAGUGCGUGUAAUUUAUAUUAUACAGCGUUAAAUUCGCAAAUAAAUACCAAGGUGUUAAACUACAUGUGUAUUUGGGAAAUAUCAAAACAAGAACAGUGAAAAUAUCAAAGGAAAAUUUAGAAUUUUCUUUUGUGGUGUCAAUAAAUUUCUUAAGCCCAAGUGAUCUUUUUGUUCUAUGUGCAACGAGGUGCAUGCACUGUCGAUCGCGAUGAUGGAAGAACUAGCAGAUGAGGUUCAGCUCCGUUUUCCGGGGGAAAAAGUAAAUGCGCCUCUGCUUAUAACUAUUUACUACGCCGCCAGAUUGGAUCAUGCCAAACGGCUACUAGCUGCAACAAAUGAUAUACACAACAGAGAGCUGGUCAAUUAUUUAGUAAAUUUGAAAUUCGAUGAAGUCGAUGGACAAUCGGUUACACCCCUCACCAUGGCCGCCAUGAUGGGCAAUGUUACGUUCGUUAAAACGCUGCUCACUCAAUACGACAUCGAUUUGGAGCGCGAGUGCAAUGUGGUUUUCGAUGGCUUGCUUGUUUAUGGCGCCACUGCACUUUGGGUCGCUGCUGGGAUGGGCCACAUGCAGGUGGUGAAGCUGUUAGUGCAGCGCGGUGCCGAUGUCAAUCACAAUACAAAAGCGCAAUCGUCACCACUCCGUGCUGCAUGCUAUGAAGGACGCCUGGAUAUUGUGAAAUAUUUAAUUGAACAUGGCGCUGAUGUUAACUUGGCCAACACCUAUAAUAAUACGUCCAUAAUGAUUGCCGCCUAUAAGGGUCACGCACAUGUUGUCGACACACUGCUGAAGAACGGCGCCAAUUCAAAUGAGCAGGCGCUUUGUGGCGCCACAGCGCUGCAUUACGCCGCUGAGUGUGGCCACUUUGAGGUUUGUCGCUUGCUGCUCGACCAUGGUGCUCGCAUGCAAAAGAAUGAACACGGACUCACGCCUGUUUUGCAAGCUGCCGAACGUACACAUGAAGCGGUGGUGGAAAUGUUUAUUUCACGCCCGGGACUGAUGACGAAAGAGGAGAUAAUAAAUGCAAUCGAGCUAAUGGGUGCCUCAUUUGCGAACGAUAAGGACAACUAUGAUGUCUCGAAAGCCUAUCAGCAUUUGAUGCGUGCCAUGGAAAUGCGUUACGCGGACGACCAAAAAGUGAUACGUAAGCGCGUAAUGGCACCCGUACCCGCUUAUGAUGAUUGGUUCGAAACGGAGAAUAUACCAGAACUGCAGGCCAUACGAUUAAAUCAUCACUCGAUACAUAUGGAAGCAUUAACGAUACGUGAACGCAUUUUGGGUAAACAUUAUCCAGACUUGCCGCAGCCAAUUGUCUAUCGGGGAGCUGUAAUGGCGGAUCAAGGUCGCUUUGCACAAUGCCAGGUUUUGUGGAAUUACGCUAUCGAUCUGCGUAUGAUCAACAAUGUUUCAGUUGAACGUGACUUGCUACGCUUUGCUCAACUGUUCUCACAGAUUUUACGCUUAGAGGAACAAACACUGGACCUUUCAAUUGUGCUGUCCGUGCUGGUAAAGUGCCAGCAAGAAAUCGAGAAUAACAAAUACAAGAUAGCGCACCCUGGACCUAAGGAUGUGCCGCAAAUGUUGGCGGAUCAAAAUGAACAAAACGUCGUCACUGCCCUCUACCUCAUUAAAAUUAUAACGAAACUCUUGGCUCACACCAAUAUUGAUAUACAACGACCUCAAAUCGAGCAAUUAUACUCAACCAUAUUGAAAUUCAUCAAAUGUGAUACUCGCCUGGCGGAUGGACAAACUUUAUUACAUUUGGCUGUGAACGGCAUAACACCCGUUGAUGAUUUCUAUACAAGUGAUAUAUGCCGCUUUCCUUGCUUCCGCACCGCCUUGUUAUUGGUUCAUGUUGGCGCCUCUGUAAUAGCUGUGGAUCGUGAUCGUAAUACGCCCCUCCAUACGCUUGUUGCAAGUAUACAAUUUCCACGCGACAAUCCACAUGUUUUUACGCAAGCUGAAAAGAUUGUAAAACUUUUUGUAGAUGCCGGUGCACAUUUGGAUGCCGUGAAUGCAAACGGCUUGACGCCAGCACAAGUUGGUAGCGCAAAUGGCAUUAGCAAUCUUAUACUUAGCUACCAGAAUUCGUUGACCUCGUUGAAAUGCAUAGCCUCACGCUGCAUCGCUUUUCACAAACUUAAAUAUCAAGGUCUUAUACCCAAAGCGUUGGAAGCCUUUAUACAAAUGCACAGCGCCGAGAAAUUUUGCGCGUAAACGAUUUUGCGGUUGUGGCUGAUUGUGCGACAGCGAUGUGAAGGAAGUAACAGUAGUAGCGGCUGGGCUGAGAAAACACUAUCAACUUCCUUUUUAUGUAUUCUAAUUUUGUACAUUUGAAGUCGAAUAUUUAUUUUAGAUUUAUAAAAUUAAGCGCUAGUUGGCUAAAAAAAAAAUUGGUCGCUUAUUUUUAGCCACAAUGGUUAGUAGAUAUAAUCAGCCUAGUGGAUCAUUAAAUUAAGUCAAUUUUAUUUUUGUUUCUGCAAAAUAUCUGAAAAUUAAAAUUGCUUGUGGCCAAUUAUGUUUAUAUGAAAAUAAGCUUUUUAGUUUCUAAAUAAUUUUGUUUAUAAUAUUGUAGCCAAAUAUUUUUGCCAAGUGUAUGAAUACUAUAAAAAAUGUGGACUGAAACUUUUAAUUGUAAAUACAUGAACAAAUCAUUUUACAAAAAUUAUAUCUAAAAUCAUCAAAUGAUACUAAUAAAGUCGUGUAAAGCUAAAGACGUUGAGACGGUUAAUUGGCGAAACUAACUAAAAAUGCACUUUGUGGGGAUAAAAAAGGAGACUGAAAUUCAUCUCAGCAAAAUUUUCAAAUGUUUUCUAACAAUAUAGUACGUUGUUUUAUUCGAAUACUAAAAAUGUAAAAUUGUAUUAUUCAGUUGAUGAUAAUUAUAUGAAUAUUAUUGAGAAAACUAAAUGACUGCAUUCAAGAUUUUUUAAUAAUCAGUGCUAUAACUGAAUCCAUCGUAGACCAAUUUUUCGUGAAACCUACGAAAUUGCUCUCGCUGAAAUGGAAUAGCUAAGAACGUAGCAUAUAGUUUGAAUUAGGGAUGUGCCGGAUAAAAAUUGUCAAAUUGUAUCAUGGGGAGCCAUUAGAAUCAUGUAAACAGUGCCGAAUUCUAGUGAAAACUUCUAUUGAAGAGCGAGCUUACGAGGAUAUUUGGUAAUGCUUUGAGGUAAAAGCAACCGCCGGAUAAGCAUGAUUCCGGAUUUCUACCGCAUACCCGGCACAUACUUUCUAAGAAUGCAUACGUUCGUAGCAAUUCGGAUUAAGUGAUCGAGUUUUCGUAGUUUUGGAAAAAUCUGGGCCUUUACUGCGUAGUUCGAAUCGAUAGUGAAUUUGUAUGAAUUCGAACUAUUGGAACUAUAAAAGAAUUACACAGUAAGGGCCCCGACUAUGAUGAACUCACUGAUAACUCCAAAUUAUAUUCAUCAACAAUUUUAUAUAUGUACCAAAAUUUGAAACUUUAAGUAACGGUAAGCUUAUUUGCAUUACAAUUGCUUGAAAAAUUAAAAAGAAUAAUUGAUUGUUGUAAAAAA